GCCAAGCUCUUGCUUCAGUGUGUGGCAGUUUCCUGAAGCCGCUGAAUGGACCAACUUCUCGUUAACAAAAAUCACUGAAAAUUCUCGUGUGAUAUCACGUGUUCGAUCCAUCUUACAGCAACACAGGAGAAACAAUGGCGCGAGGCUGUUUUACAUGCGUGUGUACACACAAGAUCACGUGAACGAUGCUUCAUAUACAUCACAUCCAUGAUUAAACUUGGCCAUUAUAAGGCCUGCGAAACGAGAAGCAACGUGUGAUAUGGUUACACAUAAACCUGUGACUGGAGAUGGAGGAUAACGAGAAGCGAAAGCGUCUCGUAUAUCACGAGAGAGAUGGCGAGGUCACUGUCGUCGAGAAGACGAGGAAGGGUUUCUUCUCCAAGUUCUCGCCCAGGAACCUGUUCAGGAGCUGCAAGGGUGGCAAGAAGACGGAGUUCAGCAUGCCCAAAGUGGAGAGAACAAUGAAAGCAGCCAUCUUGAUUCAGCGGUGGUAUCGACGGUAUCUCGCACGCAUGGAGGUUCGCAGAAGAUACACGUGGACGAUAUUCCAGAGCAUAGAGUACGCCGGAGAGCAGGACCAACUCAAGCUGUAUAACUUCUUCAACGCUCUACUGACACACAUGCCGGAUGCCACUGCCAAAAAACCCGGAUCAGAAAUUUCGUCUAAAUCUUCGUCCAUAGAUACCGUGGACCAGAAGUACGAAGACGAAUCUGAAGACGGUAGCCUACAGUCGGCCGAUGGAGGGUACAAGGGCAUUCAUAUAAGUUUUCCCCUUACCAGAGCAGAUUUAGACGCACUGAUUGACACUUUUAGGAAAAAGAGGCAACCAUGUCUUCAUGCAAAAUACGUAGCGGGGAUCCUGAAGGAGGCGAUUGUUCAACUUAAGAGGUUACCAAAUCUUAACCAGGCCUCAACAGCCAUAUCAAAGCAAAUCACGAUCUGUGGUGAUCUACACGGGAAGUUUGACGAUCUGCUGGUUAUAUUUCACAAGAAUGGUCUACCGUCCACGGAGAACCCAUAUGUGUUCAACGGUGACUUUGUGGACCGGGGAAAGAAAGGUCUAGAAGUGUUGCUGCUUCUACUGUCCUGCCUUCUGGUGUUUCCUGGCGGCGUGUUCCUCAACCGCGGAAAUCACGAGGACCACAUCAUGAAUGCCAGAUACGGCUUUAUCCGGGAAGUGAAGUCCAAGUACAAGCACAAUGCCGAACGUCUUCUUCGACUGAUCGAACGGGUGUAUCGAUGGCUUCCCCUGGGCACAGUAGUCAACAACAAGGUUCUUGUGGUACACGGAGGCAUUUCUGAUGUCACUGAUCUGGACUGGGUGCGAAAUUUGGACAGACACAAGUACGUGUCUCUUUUGCGACCACCGAUCACCGAGAGUUCUGCCCCGGGGGCUGAGCUGAUCGACAAGCUAGAGUGGAAACAGGUUUUCGACAUUUUGUGGAGUGACCCUCAGCCAGGUGACGGCUGUUUUCCGAACUCAUUACGAGGAGCUGGAACUUACUUUGGGCCCGACGUGACAGAGAAGUUCCUGCAGAAGUAUAAGCUGCUGUACCUCAUCAGAUCCCACGAGUGUAAGCCGGGGGGUUACGAGCUAACACACAGCAGCAAGGUAAUUACUAUAUUCUCCGCUUCCAACUAUUAUGAAGUGGGCUCCAACAAAGGAGCUUACGUUAAAUUGGUGGGACCACAGCUGGCGCCCCACUUCGUACAGUUCACAGCAGCCACUCCACAAACUAAGAAGCUGACGUUCAGACAACGAGUAGGCUUAGUCGAAAGCUCUGCAAUUCGAGAGUUGAGCUGUCAGAUACUGGCCAGACGAGAGCAACUACUUGAAGAGUUUCUGAAGCAUGAUCCCGAGAAAACAGGACUGAUUAGCCUAUCAGAGUGGUGCGCAGCCAUGGAGGAUCAGACCAGACUGGGGAUUCCCUGGCGAAUGCUACGUGAGAAACUGGUGACUCUGGACCCGUCUACUGGAAAAGUCGAGUACCACAGCACCUUCCAAGAGCACACGAAUGGCAGAAGAUCGUCUGGUACGACUGUGGUUGAAACCUUGUACAGGAACAAAUCCAGUCUCGAGGCCAUAUUCCGAAUCAUUGACAAAGAUAAUUCAGGCUACAUCUCAAUGGAAGAGUUCUCAGACGCGUGCUCUCUUCUCGGAGAACACCUGCCACAAAUCCCGCCGGAGCAGCUGGUAGACAUUUGCCGGAGCAUGGACAUAAACAAGGACGGACUUGUCGACCUGAACGAGUUCCUGGAGACCUUUCGCCUCGUGGACAUGGAGCACGAAGACAGAACCGAAGGAGACGAUUCGUCUCCUGAUGAGGACACGCACAGGCUCGAGUAGGUGCUGACGUCACUAGUCUAAUAUCUACUGAACCGGUGUUCUAUCGAUGUCACAUGCUGCCCAAUCAGUCACUGAAACGGCCGUCUCAUAUCAUUUAACUGCUUAAUAUAGUCCGUUCACUGAUAAAGUUGAACGCAACUGUCACUUCCCGACUUCCGGCUGGAACUGCGAUACUCACCGCCAAGCGCUUCUAGGCUUUCCCGAUAUGAGUCGAGCAUUGCUCCACAAAAACUUUGAUAUCAACUCAUCUGUUUUCACCAGCUGCUGCUGACGCAAGGAAGUGGCAGCAGCGUUCAACUUUAUCAGUAAACGCAGCGUAAAAUCGAGUACAAAUCUCGGUGAACUGUUGUUAUAGUCGUAUUAAAUUGAUCUGUUGAUUCGUCAACUAGCUGCUGUCGCACCGAUACAAAAUGUUACCAAGUUUAACUUACGUGGCGGAAUAAGAAGGAAGAAUAUAAAAUGUUCUGAAGUCACGUGAAAAUUUAAUGAACACAAAUAUUUAAUUGCGUACGCUUGUAAAUUUAAAUGAAGUGUACCUGUACACAAACGAAUGUCAUUUCACGCAAAUUUGUGAGACGAGAUGAGUUCUGAGACUUUCACGGAGGUUAAAAUGUAGAUCUUUUUGUUCUGGGCUGUGACGCCAUAAAUUAUUGACUUCCACACUGAAAAUGAAGGCAACAUGUUCCUACGAAACUUAGGAAACGACACACAAAACUACACGGCGACAAAACCGAGAAGGCCAAAUCCUAAACGAAGUUUCUAUUAAACUCCAAACAUUUCGUUUAACUUCUUAAAAUUGUUAAACUUUAAUUCAUGUGUCUAUUAUUAAGAUGUCGCUAAAUAUAUGAAAUUUGACAAAACAGAUCAACAAAUAAUUUUUUUGUAACUGAUUAGGCCGUAACGAUUUCGGUUUCUUAAAAUUUAUGCCCGGCAAAUUUAAAAUGUAUUCACAUGACUAUAGAUUGUAAGGUAAAAUGCGAUAGAUUAUCAUCACUGCCAUAUUGGAUACUAAAAUAUGGAUUUAUCAUUUUUCUGUAUACUUCUAUACUGAUCGAUACAAGUUACCAUGGGCAAACAACAUCUGCUCGCAGAUCAAAGUUAAAUGUAUCAAUAGUUCAUCGUUGAUUGUUCACUGAUUCACGUAAAAAUAAUACACAUGACCGUUAAUUCAUCUAAGACCACCUGCAAGCAGGAAUAAUUAUUAUAAUAUAAUUAUUUAACUGUAUGAAGUAAGAGUCCUUCUUGACAAGCUAACAGCCUCUCACCCCCCAACUCUUUAUGGAGACCGACGUCUGUCAGAAAAUGAGGAUUAUUUAUACAAAAUACCUCACAAUAGUUCAUUAAUAUGACAUGCACACAGACUUCUGUUUGCGAGAUAAAUAGACAUAUUAUCACACCACAAUUACUUAAAAUCUUUAACUCGUUGCGUAAUUGAAUUUUAAACAAUUAUUUUGCAGCGGGCUGAAUAAUUCACUUUAGGAUCCGCCACUUUAAUUUCUGCUACUGACAUUUUCAUAUAAACUGAUACAAUAUUUGGCCAUAUUUAUUCUACAGUUUUACAUAUUUUAAUAGCAAAAUUCUAAUAUACGUAACUUAUAAUAAAAUUCCUACCGAAAACCGCAUGCAACGUUUGUUAAACUGCACCUCGCUUCUGCCCUGAAAAUUCAGUCUCUCACUUCACUGCAGACAUACACAAAUGAGUAAGAUGUCAGAGCCGACAGUGGCUUGGAGUUUCCAAGACGACGUAGCACGCAGCAAGCAGACAUACAAACGAGAUCUAACCAUGACAUUUAGUGCAGUAAUUUCUCUUCUGUCGAGGUAAAUUGGACUGAAAUUAACUGAGCACAACUAAAGCCUGGCGGGUCUAAUUCUUACAUCAGAGACACAGAGACCCAUAACCGGUAUCACACACUGUGUACGAAAUAUUUUCACGAUGUGGUAAACGUACCAGAGAACUAAACAUUAAAAUCAAUUAGAUCUUCAGUAGAUAUAUAAUCAGAUCUCAAUGUACCUUAUUUACUUAGUUCUACUUAGAAAUUGCGUGAUUAAAUAUCACUUUCAAUGAUGAAAUGCCACACUCAAAUCCUUGGAUUACACUAACAACGAAAAUGCAUGUUUAAGUAGCAUCAAUGAAUACAGAAGUUAUUCAGGGCAGAAGGGCUGGUGUUCUCAUUUGUAGCUUCUAAUUUCUCCAAAUUUUGUUUCUACAAAGUCAAUAGUAAUUUCAAAACGUUUUCCUACAGUAGUCAUUAGGAAUUUUACUUCCCACUUUUAAAAUUCCAUAAGAUUUUCGUAGAUAAAGUAGGCCUACAUACCAUUUUGAGUAUGCUGAGGAUCAAUUACUUAAGAGUAAUUUGGCCCAAAAAAAGGUAAUAUUAUUAUAAUUCCCUCAAAAUAAAAUGAAAUAAUUGUCGCCGUAAAUAUAAAAGUAUAUUUUAUGAACUGGUGGUAUUAAUCACAGGCCCAUAAGAGUAACGUAUUUAAGUGUAAUUUUGCGUGGCACUGAAUCACUUUUAUGGGUAAGUAACUUUUCCUAAAAUGACAAAGGCCCGAAACAGCAUUUGCAUACAACAUUUUGAAAUAUAAAAAUAAUUACAGACCUAUUCAAAGUAAGAGAUACGUUACAAGUUUUUGUCUUCGCUAAAGUCCUUUAGCUGUGACGAAAAAGACGAUAUUGUGUGAUCGGCUCUGGAUUGGACACCCGAGAUCGUAAUUGUCCCGGGUUUCUUGCUACCCUACAAAUAUUUUAAAGUGUUCUCAUUUUCUUCCAACCUUGAUUACAAAUAAUGUAGUAAUUAUUACUCAAACAAUAUUCUAAGGGUUACAAACCGUCUUACAUUCCACUCGUAGGUCUGCUUAUUCAUGUUUCGAACAUUGUGUACCCUUUACAGUGCUGUGUAGGCCUGUAUUAAAUAUAUUAUAUGUAUUAAAGGUUUACAAUUUUGUAAAGUUCAAGAACGACCAUGUUAUUGUGUACCAUUCGUUAUCUCUGUCAGAUAAAACACCCAAGUGUUUACACUUUGUCAUGUAAAAUUACGUAAGCUUAAACAUUUUGAAACAAAUUAU